GCAUACUGUAUUGUAGAUAGAGCAGAGCAAGUUGAGGUCAUUGGUGGCCGUUCUUGGAGAAGAAAGAAAGUCUGUUGCUGAUCUUGUUUGUUAAUUGAUUGGUUAUAAUCGUGGACGCACAGAAAGCUCCAGGCCUCGUCUGUGGUAUGUGGUCACACAUUCCCAGAAGCAUGGUAGCGUGGAUUUCACAGCAGCAAUAGUGAGUGAGUGAGUGAGUGAGUGAGUCGUCAUGGGACAGGUGACGAACGCUUGAAUGAAAGAAUGCAUGAAUGAUCCAUUUCCGGGAAAAGCAGGCCCGGGCACGACAGUGGGCGACUUGUGUUGUUCAUCUGGACACCGCGAGAACGCAUGAAGUUGAAGAAGGGGACGACAGCUUUUGGUUCGUUUUGCGGCUCGGGGCUUUGACGAGUCAGUUUGUGCUUUGUCCGUGAGAAGGAGGAAGUGGACGAUUGCUGCUGCUUCUGCAGUUAGGUUCGUUGAUGCUGAUCGGGACUGGGACGGGGAUUCGAUAUUAUAGCUGGAAUGAACGAACGAGCCCAUUGUCGCGAAUCAGGAUUUGGGUCGGUAUGGUGAGAGGGCGUCGGUCCAAACGGUAUGCUGCUUGCGUGGUUUGGAUACUUUGACGAGCAGCCGAAUUUGUUGGAUUGGGAAAGUGGAGUUUCUACAGUGGUGGAACUAUCAGGUCACGAGCAUCUGCUACCUAGUGUGUAAAUGUGCUGAGAUGAGAACAGGUGAUCAGAGCCUCGAUUCUGAUAGUGACACUGAUGUCACGUCGUCAUCUUCGUCAUCUGGUUCCGAUUUUUUCCGGGAGAGUUCCAAAAAGCAUGGGUUGAAAAGAAAGCGCUCACGCUCAACAACCAGGGAUGAUGUCAUUUCUUCUGGAUCUUCUUCGGACGAUGGUGACAAGCAUCGCAAGUCAAGAUCUUCUCGAGUGAAAGGGAGAAAGUCUUCUCGUCGGAAAGAACGAGAAGACAAGGAGAAGAACAAGGAUAAGAAGAGGAGGACUAAAGGAAGUGAUGAGAAACACGAGAGAAGGAACAGGAAAAAGGAGAAACGAGAUAGAGAGAAGCGAAAGAGGAGAUCACAGGACCCGGAUUCUAUAACAGAGAAGGAGGAAAGCUCAACGCAGUUGCUGUCGAAGUCACCAUUCCAGCUCGCCAACGAGGCACAACUGCAGCAAAAGGCACUAGUUUGGCGCAAUGUGGAGAUAGCUAAGGCUAGGUUGGCGAGCGGGGAGCUUCAAAAGAAAAAGCAUGAGCAAAUGGAGAUGCAGAGAUUGUAUGGUGCUGUAGACUGGAGAGAAAAGAAGAAGCUUCGGGCAGAAAAAUCGAGGCUUGAGAGAACAAUCGCAGCAGGGAGGAAGCUUGCCAGUAUCGAAGAACGUGAAAAUGCUAGAAUGGAUGCCUUCCGUGUUGCGCUAGGAUUGCCAACAGCUGAAGCACAGCGUCAAGCCGAGUGGAGAGCAGAAGCAACACGAGCACUGGCAGAAGCUGAGGCUCUCAACAAGGAUAGCUCUUCUCCAUCUAUUAGUAGAGUGUCAUCUAAAUCUCCCAAAGUUAUUGGGCCACGAUUACCGUCAUAACGUCCGUGUUGGCAAUCUUGGAGCAUACUCAACCAGUUCACUUCUUUCAGUAUGCCUAUUACUGGCAUGUCUCAAGACUUUCUUCUGUGAUGUGUAUAUUCGCACCAACCCAUUCUUAGGGUUAGAGAAAUUUAGGGUUAAAAAUUUCACGUUGUAUUGCCGAUCAUGAAGUGUGUAUUGUAGUCGCGUUCUUUCAAGACCUUCCUCGUGUGUAGACAGCAACUUCAUUGAAUUUCUCGAAGUCAUGUUGAUGCACAGCAGUUGAGAGAAACUGAGCCUCGAAGACUCCUUGUUCGAGGCUUGGGGCAAGCGUUGGUCACCUCGUGGAGGACAACGGGAAACAAGCGUUAAUAACCUCAUUACUCCCCUCAAAUCGAAGUGGCAAGCAUUAAUAAAGCGGCUGGAAAUCAGUCUGUUUGUUCCUUCACUUCAAGGAAGACCAUAAGUUGUCAGUGUAAGUGCAGGCCGUAGAACUGCGGUGGUAAACGUGUAAUAUGCGAAUUAAUUCUCAAACGAUGCAGGUCGUAGAAUUCUACACCGUGGUUACAGCGAGUUUGACAAAACUUUGCGUGUAAGAGAUGUAUACAUUUCAACACCCUGGUCAACAAUACCGUGCAUCCAGCAAGAUUAGCGAUUUGACGUGUAACGGGUAUGAGACUAAUGAAAAGAACAGAUUACAGCUUUCAACUUUGAAUGCGCUG